AUGUUCGAGCGCCAAAGCACGUUGGCCUAUGGCUUCCUGCUGGCUUCAGUUGCCAGCUAUACACAUGCAUUUUCACCAAGAACAGCUCAAUCUAUCAACUUUCAACGGCUAUUGGCAAGGCACUCAUUCUCGCAGUCUCAGCAUCCAAGUGAUCAAAUUAUCCUUGGAAAUCAGCCGCAAUACCCAGAAUUCCCGCCCCAGAUGUUCAUUCAACCGCUCGACCAUGACGAUCCAUCGUCGCCGACCUUUGAACAGAGAUAUUGGGUAAAUACUCGUCAUUACAAGAAAGGUGGACCUGUUAUUGUCAUAGACGGAGGAGAAACAAGUGGCGAGGACAGACUGCCCUUCUUGGACACAGGAAUCGCAGACAUUCUUGCAAAGGCCACACAUGGUCUUGGAGUGAUUCUAGAACACCGCUAUUAUGGAGAGUCGGUUCCGGUCAAGAAUCUGACCACAGAUUCGCUGCGGUGGCUUAACAACUAUCAAGCACUUUCCGAUUCGGCACGUUUCAUGAAGCAUGUCAACUUCUCCUCAAACCUCUUUCCGAGCUCGGUCUCCAGCGAGACCAUCUCCAAUCUGAAAGCACCCAACUCGCCAUGGAUAUACUACGGUGGUUCGUACGCGGGUGCUCGAGCCGCGCACAUGCGCGUGCUGUACCCCGAAAUUGUCUUCGGCGCCAUUGCAUCCAGCGCGGUGACCCAUGCUACAAUCAAUAACUGGGAAUACAUGGAUAUCAUUCGUACAGCCGCUCCCCCAGCCUGUUCAGCACUCAUACAAGCGUCUAUGUCACAUGUCGACGCCAUGAUUGUCAAUGCUACUUUGAGGGAACCUGUCAAAGCCCUCUUCGGACUCCAAGGGUUAAAGCACGAUACAGACUUUGUCUCUGUGCUUUCAUGGCCACUUGGCUUUUUCCAGGGCAAGAACUGGGAUCCAAACGUCGACGAGCGCGGUUUUGAUGAAUUUUGCUCCAAAUUGACCAGUAAAGGAGACGAUUCAGCACUUGCUAAACUGGAGUCGGAAUGGACUACUUCUCUUCCCGGAAUCCCUAUUGAAGUGGCAGUUCUGCGGUACGCAAAGUAUAUUCGCAAUCUAGUCGAGGCACUAUGUCCGGCGACAGAAGAUCAAGAAGAUUGCUUUGGAACCCACAAUGACGAGAAGUUCCACGGGACGUCACUCCAGGAGACUUGGAGACUAUGGACAUUCCAAGUUUGCACCGAGUGGGGCUACUUUAUCACGGCACCUCCUGACCCGGAAUGGCCGAGCAUGAUAUCUCGACUGACAGAUCUUCACUACGAGUCAAAAAUCUGUCGUCAGGCUUUCCCACCCGGAGAAUUCAUGCAUGUUCCAAAGUGGCCUAACGUCACCGUGGUCAACGCGCUCGGUGACUUUGGGUUGACCCAUUCUCGACUUGCGUUUAUAGAUGGCGAAAUUGAUCCUUGGAGACCAUGCACUCCACAUAGUCAAUACGCUCCUGAACGUACAGACACCGUGUCGCGGCCGUUCAAGUUGAUCCCCGAUGGUGUUCAUCAUCACGAUCAGAAUGGCCUCAAGAAACACAAGGAGGAGCCGAAGCACAUUCAGAAGAUCCACCACGAGGAAGUCAAGUUUGUGAAGGCGUGGCUUAAGGAGUGGAAGCCUCCGAAAUGA